ACUUACCCACUUUUGGUUUUUUGGGAGAGGCAGAUGGACGUAAUCAAAGAGGAAUGCAGAGUAAAAUUACACGUUCUCGAUGUUCAAGCCUCUGAACUAAGCGGCUUGCCAGCGAAAAGAAAAGUGUUCCAGAAGCAUGGAGACGUUUUCUUCCUUUCCGACCGCCAGCACAUCCAAGACACGAUAAAAGAACAAACCAGUGUUUGGAAAAAGCGCCUGGAAGCGAAGUAGUCAAUAGGUUGUGUACUAUCAUCAU